AUGGCUGCCGUUCAUGAAAUUUAUCAGAUGCUAGCCUCUUCUUUUGGGCAAAUUCCUAACUAUAUAGGUAGAGAAACACCAGAUGAGUAUAUACAAAAAAUUACAAAUAUCUUUGAAUCUGCUGGUGAU